CCGCCGUGAGGGUGGCUAUCGUCUCUUACCCAUGACUGCGGGGGCGUAUGCAUAAUGUCCAACAUCGCGCAGCAGGUCUAUGAGGGCCUAGUAGAAGGCUUUCCAGCUGCGCUCUAUCUGGAGAUUGCUUCCAUGGGCCUGGUAUACUGGGAGUAUUGCAUCACAUUCGGAGAGGAGGUUCAAUACUUCUGGCAUGGACGAUGGAAUCUAUCAAGAAUCCUAUUCUUGGUGAAUCGCUACCUCACUCUGAUCAAUGCUAUAAUCGCGUUGCGUGCCCUGGCGUACAUGCUCAACACCGGAAUAUUCUUAACUCAUGUGAUCGACGCGGUUACUAUCCUUACUGCAGUGAUCAUGACCGUUAUCGAAAUGAUGCAUGCAAUCCGGAUCUGGUAUCUGUUCUCGCACAAUGCAUACGUCCGGUGGGCCAUCGCCGCCCUCUCCCUGGCUUACUUCGGGGCCGAGGUCACCACGACUGCGAUAUGGCUGGCCACUGCAAACACGAACCCCCAAGUCAACAAUGGGAAGCUCUGGAUACCGCCUCUCGUUGUACACACCAUUCUUUAUGGCAUGACUAUUCUUAGGGCCGUCUUCUUCAAACCGGCUUCUGGAGAUGCUAGGGCUGUCAUGGCCCGUAUCUUGCAAGAUGGAUUCAUGUUUUUUUCUACUGCAUUCGCCUCGACGGCAUUUACUACAAUUGGAGCGUUACAGGCGAAUCCUCGCAUCUCCCUUCCCGCUAGAUUUUCCCAAUUUUUCCUCGCCAUGACCUCCAUCGCGAUGUCCCGGAUGAUGCUCCGCAUCCGCUCCUUCUCAGCCUCGCUUGGCACCGACUCGGAAUGGCUCCUGAGCCAUCUCGAAAUGAGCCGCAUGCAGUUCCGGAAGGGCUCGCACGAGGGCGAGCUCUUCGUAGAGGUGGACAACGUCGGCUUGAAUGAUUACGAACUGACCAACGCGGCCGACGAAGAGCUCACCCCGUGGGCCGAUGUGGAGAGUUUCAGUUUCGCGCGGACGCCAACGGAGACGCUCGUCGCCCAUGAUGAGAUACGUCAGUCGAAACUGGAUCAGCGCUCGGAUCUCGGAUGUUAGCCGGGGACGAUGUAGAGGAUGUGGUGCUACUUGGAUGGCCG